GCUUCGAGUAGGCAGGAGUAUAAAGGUUUAAGAAUGGCGGUGUCUUUUCCAAGUCGAGUUGUCGAUAGUGAACCCUUGUAGAGACAACAAGGGAGAGAGAUGCGGCUGCCGUUAGCGAACCUGUUGGUGGUGAUCGGGUGCGUGGGCUUCAGCUGGGCCCAGAAUGGCUAUGGCUACCUCCCCCCCGAAAUCCCCUUCACCCAGGGCCCAGGAAACAACAUAAACGUCUUCGUCUCCACCACGCCUCGUCCCCGACCGCCCACGAUCACCACGCGCCCACCAACACGCCCCCCAUCGCCGCCUCCUCCAUUUACUCCAUCCAGACCUCCGUUUAAUCCACCGACACAGCCUCCUACAUUCCCAACCCAACCUCCCACUCUCCCACCCCGUCCACCCUCCACCCGCCCACCAUUUACCCGCCCACCACCCACCACCCGCCCACCCACCCGCCCACCACCUCCGCCCACCACCCGCCCACCCACCCGCCCACCACCUCCGCCCACCACCCGCCCUCCCACCCGCCCACCACCUCCAUCUCCGACUCCCGACGACCACGACCACCACCACCACCACCACCACCACAGCGACGACCCUCUGCAGUGGCUCAGGGAUUCCGUCCCAGGUGAACCAGGGGAAGACUACCCUAUUUUCGGGUGGCCGAUCCCUCAAACCGCCUUCUCCUGCGCCGGCAAGGUUGCGGGUUUCUACGCCGACAUCGAAACGCGCUGCCAGGUGUUCCACGUGUGCAACAUCGACGGUUCGGGCAUCAAGUUCCUCUGCCCCAACGGCACCAUCUUCAACCAGGAACACUUCACGUGCGAGUGGUGGAACCAGGUCUCUUGUGGCGACGCCGAGUCCUUCUUCAACCUCAACAACGAGAUUGGUGUAGUUCCUCCUGAGAGUCCUUACCAGCCCGACCGCCCACGCCCCGUCCAGCCCGACCGCCCACGUCCCGUCCAGCCUCGUCCGCCCGCGCCCACGCCAGGGUCGCCGUCGAUCAAUGUGCCCUUCACCGCCCAGACGCCUCGUCCCGUUCUGACACAGACGCCCCGACCACGUCCACCACCCACAUUCCGCCCACAGCCUCCGCCUCCGCCUCGUCCCGUUCAGACACAGACGCCCGCAACACGUCCACCACCCACAUUCCGCCCACAGCCUCCUCGUCCUUUCCAGACACCCCGCCCGCAGCUCCCUCAACCCGUCCAACCUCAGACAUUCCGCCCACAACCCCCGCCGUCUCCCAGCCCACUACCCCCACAACCGCCACGUCCCGCACAAACACCCCGCCCACAGCUCCCUCGUCCCGUCCAAACCCCACGCCCACCCCCACCAUUCCAGCCCCAACCUCCUCCCCAGCAGACUCCCCGCCCACGCCCACCUCAGCCCACUACUUACCGCCCGCCCGCCAACCCUGUCACAGGAUACCCCGAGGUGCCAGAUCCCCCCAAUGGCCUUUACCUCACCCCCAACUUCGGAAAGAGACUCAACUAAAAGGACUUCCUCGCUCUCUACAUGCUAGGCCGCGAUAGGACCCAGCUAGGACUUACCCCCCCCCCCACCACCACCACCACCCCAGCCCCCAGCCUCACCUAUCCUCCCCCCAUCCCCCCACCUACUGGGAAGAGACUCACCUGGGACUUCUUCAUCCCCUUCCCCUCCCCCUUUCCUUCCUGCCCCCCCCCCCCUUUCAACCCCUUCGGAUCGGACCAGCCAAUCAGGACACUAAAGCAGGUUUCUUUGUGUUCCUGUCUAUUUACACCUUUUUUUCCCUUCAAUUUUUAUUCCUUGUAUUGUCUCUUUCCCCUCUUUCUUUGAACAGAAAAAAAGGGGAAAGGGUUCAUAUGUCUUUUGUAUAUGGAGAAAAAAAAAACAGAUCCUUUGCAUAUGACGUAACAACGCAUGUGUCGUUUAGAAAAAUGUUUAUCGGGGUGUCUGUCUAUGUAUGCUAUUUGAAUUUUUUCUUUGCUAAAAUAUACAAUUUAAAUAUCAGA